AUGCAAGAACGUUUGCAGAAGACUGGUUCCGCAUCGUGGAUGCACGAAGGAGGUGUCGACCCUAAGGAGUACCUGCAGCACCAGAAGGCGGCCCUCGGCCGGCUAUUUCAGUGGCUAGACACUGACGGGGACAGGCAAAUCCAUGAAACCCCCCAUCAGCAGAGAAGAGAUUCUGUCGCUCAUGCAGCGGAUCUCCGUCGAUGGAACGAGAAUCACAGAACAAAGUCUCUUCGCCUGGGCCAGAAGGACUCGCAUGCGUUCGCGUGCUUUGCUAAUGCCGGAGUAAAGGCCCUCUGCACCUCUGUUCAUCUACAACACCCCCUAUGUAAAGAGAAUUGGGCAUAA